GAGAGAGAGAUAUAUCAUCCUGGUUUGCUCAGUGCCCCCACUACUGAAAUGAGUAAGAACUCACCCAUAACAAUAAAUGAAGCUUUAAGGUAUACCUCAGAUACAACAGAUUACAGAGAAGAAAGAGCUGGUUGAAUGUAGUCUUUAAAUAGAGAGAGAGGGAUAGCAGAAUAAAGCCUACAAGGAAAAAACGACAGAUGAGUAAUUGUUCAUAAAAGAGAAGUCUAAAAACCAAUCAAAAACCCCAUGAAACUCUCUUAGUUCUUUUCUUCUCAAUUAUUUUCUGCAGAGGCUGAGAGAGAAAGAGAAACAGAAACACUGCUUCUCUGUUUCACACUCUCCAAGCUGCCACCACCUACAUGACUCCACACACACACUCCCAUUUCAAGAAAAAUCAAAAGUUCUGUUUUUAAUAUUUCCAAGAAAACUACUGUUUUCCUGACCCCUUUUCCAAUUCCUCCUCAACUGUUUUCCCAAUAAAUAAAAAUCCAAUCUUUAUUCAUCUUGAUGCAUGAUAUAUGAUGAUAGAGGUGUAGCCUUCAAGAAAAUGGAAAAGGGUUCAUCUUCCUCUUCUUCUUCUUCCAUCAAUGGCUCCCCGGCCAAGAAGGGGAGGACUGCGGUGGUGCAGCCGCCUAGGUGCCAGGUGGAGGGGUGUUUAGUAGAUCUGAGUGGUUCUAAGGCUUAUUAUUGCAGGCAUAAAGUUUGUGGUAUGCACUCAAAGUCGCCAAUGGUGAUUGUUGCUGGCCUUGAGCAAAGGUUUUGCCAGCAGUGCAGCAGGUUCCAUCAACUGCCCGAAUUCGACCAAGGGAAAAGGAGUUGCCGGAGGCGCCUUGCUGGCCACAACGAACGCAGGAGGAAGCCACCUCCGGGCCCUUUACUAUCGUCGCACUAUGCAAGCCUCUCUCCUUCAGUGUUAACCGGAGGUCUGGAGACGGACUUGGGCACCUACUCAGCAUUCGGUGGGAGAGAUCCGUGGCCGGACUCAUCCACGAGCAUAGGAAACUUCCAGCUUCCGUGGCAGAUGAGCUCACAAGCAGCUUCUCUCCUUCAAGGCUCCACAACAAGGUCUAGUUACGCAUCCGCAGAGGACUGUUUCAGCGGGAUCUCCGACUCCACCAGUGCUCUCUCUCUUCUGUCAAACGAGCCAUGGGGCUCGAGAAGCCAAGCCUUGGAUCAUGGAGUUAGCAGCUUUCUUGCCACCAAUGGUGCAGCCGAGGUGGACCCGAUCGGUCGAUACCCUUCCUGGGAUUUCAGAGGUGAUCACUCUCUCCAUGAGAUGAUGCCCCCUCACCCUGCCAGUAAUCCUUACAGCAUGGGCCAAGGGUUGGCUCGGCCAGGCGACGGACCACGCCACGAGUUCGAGCCUUCUAAUAGCUAUGAUUCUUUCGGCAACCACAUGAAUUAGUCAUUUUGAGCCUUGUUUCCUUGUGUGUUUUUCUCAUGAUUUUGUUUAUUGAGACAUUGAUUUGUUAAUUUUGUUGUGCUUUUUUGGACUAAACUACUUGGUCAUCCAAUUCGAGAAUUAUUUGUUUUGAA